AUGAGCCAAACGUCACAGGAAAAGACAUGACAAUUCUGAUGAUGUUGGGAAAUCUAUAGGUAAAACAGCGAUUUUCUCUAAUUUAGAAUACCGUAAGUAACAAGUUGACAACACCAUAUUACUAGUAUUCUAUGCCAAUGCAUCUCUAAGUGUGGGGUUUACUCAAACGUUUCAUGUUAUCUUCGACCAGGAAAGUAAAAGUUUAUGAGCCCUUGCCCCCUCCCCUAUGCGUUCUGCGUGAAUAGUGCGCGCGAGGCGCAAGGAGGGCGCGGUGGCGCGUGAUCCACUGUCGAUCGUGGGGUUUUCGGUAGGGCUACUAAGGUUACAUGGAGAAGUGGGAAAUUAUUUGAUCGAAGAUGUCAAAUGCGGAACAGGAGGUAGAACCGGUCGCGGUGGCGGUGGGUAACGGAGUUGACACGAGUCGCGGUUACCGGAGAAAGCUCUCAGCAGAUGACCACAAGCAUCAUCACCAUGAUCCGGUAAAAAUUGAGACUAUCACCCGAAGUAGAAAAAUGGAGAGGUCAUUCUCCAGAGAAGCUGGCAGUGUAAGGGGAACCAUGGCAACGUCUGAAGACAACUUCCCAACAGCUCUACCCAUGUUGCUGGCCAUCGUGGAGGGGCCCGACAGGCACCGUGCAGACGAGGGGUCUCAGGAAGUGCUGCGGGGGAAACUCUGCCUCCUGGAGGCCGACAGCGCGGAGGUCAACGCUCUCUUUACGGAACUCUCUGCCAGGCUGGUCUCCAUCAACAGUGAAGAAAACGUUAUAUUUGUCGCGUUCAAAACAUUCGAAGAGAUAUGGAAGUUCACCACAUAUUACACAAUGGGCUUUCUGGGUCAGUGCAUGGAGAACCUGCUCCUAGACCAGGAUUUCUGGUUGAGCUCAAUGGACCAGAAGAACGUGGGCAUAGAGAUCUCGAUCCAAGAGGACACUCUCAACCUAAUGUACAAAGGCAUCCUCAUGCAAGAGGGUUCCUUCUUCGCCAGCUGCAGUUCCACCCAGAUGUUUGACAGCUCCACCUCUGGUAGUGACCUCUACCUGGAGCAGGGGGACAUAGCCCUGUUCGAGCCCCCGUUCUUGGGGUCGGGGUGGACUGUACUGUCCCUGGGGGAUGGAGCCCGGGGGACCAAGCCCAAACCAGCCCUGGAGCCCGUCAUACCCUUCCACCAAUGGUUCUUGAAAUCCUGUGCGGAGAACAUCUUAGUUGGUAGUGGCAAGCCAGCAUGUGACUUCCUCUGCCAGUUUGCCACAGGCUCCUGCAUUGCCACUGUGGAGUAUGACGCAGGAGGGCCAGAUGAGCUGAGCCUGGAGCAGGGUGAUCACAUCCUCAUUGUGGGCCUGUUGGUGUCGUGCUUCGAGUGGUUCACUGGCAGGCUGGAGAGGACAGGAGAGGUGGGACUGGUGAUGACAACACUGGUCAAGCCGGCUGAUGAUACCCUUUGUGAGUCGGCGGACAUAUUCCUAGACAAAGAAGAAAGGUUCUUUUUUAACCUGAAAGAAGAGCAGAUCAAAGAAGAAACUAUUGCCUUGCUGAAGAAAAUCUCCCAGAAUGAUAUUGGAUCCGUCUACAAACUUGAUCUGAUUGAUCAACCAGAUUCUCCAAAGAAACCAACUCAAAAUGGUUCCCAAGGAAACAUGGACGCUCACCAACAAGCAGAACUGAAGAGGAAGAUAGAAGAGAUCCUACAAGAAGGGAAGGAGAAAGUGCCUUGUGCGACUGUGAUGACAAACGGAACUCUGGAGGACCACAGUGAGUCCUCUAAGACUACAUUACCCAUUGGGCCUCACUUCACCAUCCACCCAGUAGAGGAAGGCACCACCACCAACCAAGAGAAACUCCUUCCUCUUCUAUCCUUUCUGGCCGGCUCUGACUACAAGCCAGAUUUUGGCACCCUCUACGGACAAACCCCAGAACUGCUCCUUGCCACUUUCAGCGGCCACUCGGACGACAUUGACGAAUUGGUGGCAUACUUAGGCAUAGCCAGAGAAACGGCCAGGAAGAAGCGUCUCCAUUGGUCGCAGAGCCGCCUCUGUUUGCUUUUGGGAAAACUCUGCGCGGGAAGUUCAAAAUUCUCCCAAGCUCGAGUCUACUUCGAGGAGGCCCUCAGCAUCCCUCGAGAUGGAUUCACGGACAUGCUAAUGCUAGCUAACAUCUACGUAAACCUAGCUGUGAUCUAUCUCAUGCAAAAAAACACAGAGAAGUACUUUGCUUUGUCAGAGCGGAUUGCUGCAUUGCUUAUGGGUAUCCCUGACUGCGUCUCUACUGUAGAAAAAGACUCUGAAGUUCUCAAGUUCAUCCUGAAGAAAGCGGUUCUCGCUCAUAACAAGAUGGCUGAAGCACGUGCUUGUUUCCUUCUAGCAAAGCUCCACUGGAGGCGAGGCGAGGGGGCGGACGCUGUCCCGUUCUUGGAGAGACUUCUGGUUCUCUCGGCAGAGCCAGCAGGUGUCCGGAGCGUCAGGCCCAGCCACGGCUACCUGAGCCUGGGGAGACUGUACAGCCAGCUCUCCCUCCCCCAUCUCUGUGUCAGCUCAGCCAGGAGAGCCACAAUGCAUCCCUCCGCUAGGCUAGCCGAUUGUCUGAAUGGAAUGGGGCUAGUGCUGGAGAACACAGCCAGACUCUAUGGGAUCCGGAAGCAGGAAGACACCAUUCCAGCUCAAGUGGCUCUGUAUCUGAGCCGGUCGCUCUCUUUCACUGGGGAAUUAGCUGGAGUCGGUGGCAAUGGUGACCCCACUCUAAGCCAGGCACUCACACUCUGCCUAUCACAGCUGUUUCAGAAACACGGGAUACUAGGACGCGCGGUGCUCUCCAUGCACACUCUCAUAGACAAUCAUUGCAGGCCGUCAUCAUCCUCGGGCGCCACUAGCAGCCCUGAACGCAUCAGCGCCCUCGUGUGGCUAGCCUGGCUGCACAUCUGUAACAGCCAACCGGAGGUAUCGCUAGAUGUCCUCGACUCAGUGCUGGCCUCCAUGCCAGAACACUGCACUACUCCACAGGAAGGAUUGGUCCACAACAUGAGGGGUGUGGCUCUUCGACGCACGGGAGACCUGCGGAGGGCGGCAGAGAGCUACCAGGCGGCCAUUUAUGUGUGUGAGGAGUUUGAGGACAGGGCCAACUGGGCGGUCGCGCAGGCUAACCUGGGGUUGCUGUGUCUGAAGGCUGGGGCUAAGGGACUGGCGGAGAGGCAUCUCACGGAAGCCGUGGAGCUGUUCUCAGAGCUGGGUGGAGGGGAGCAUGAGGUGAACUUUAUUACAGUGCUGCUGGAGCUGGGACAACACUGUGUGAACCAGAGACUCCUGGAAAGAGGGAAGAUCUACUUUGAGUGGGCUCUGCUGAUGGCCAUUAAGUCAAACCAUUUAGACAGUCAGUUAAGUGCGACGCGGCGUCUGUGCCACCUGUACGGAGCUGUAUGUUCUGACGAAGCUCAGUGCAUAAUCUACAACGAACAUCAGCUUGCCAUACUGGCGACCCGGGGAGACAGGGGACAGGAGGGCGAGGUGCUGGAGACCAUCAGCCAGCUAUACCUCAGUCUGGGGACAGAGAGGGCUAGGCGGUCGGCUCUGGACUACACCAAGCGUAGCCUGGGUAUCUUCAUAGACCUGGGCCGGAAGGAAAAGGAGGCAUAUGCCUGGCUGCAGGCUGGGAAGAUAUACCAAAUGCUGGGCCAAACCGAACUGGUGGACCUCUAUGUACAGGUGGCCCAAGAUGUGGGCCUGAGUACAGGAGACACACACUUUAUCCUACAGCUGCUGGAGGCAGCAGGGGAUGUCUUCUUCAACCUCAACCAGGAGAGAGAGAAGGCUGUCUGCUUCUAUAGGGACCGUGCCCUGCCCAUCGCUGUGAGGACCAGCAGUACAGAGGCCAGACUAAGGCUGUCUAACAAGCUGGUGGAGCUGCUACUGCAACUGAAGCUGUAUGGAGAGGCCGUGGAGUACGCCCAGGCCGCCCUGGACAUCAGUGUUACACUGGGAAAUCGUCUAAAUGAGCGAGUGGCCUUCCACCGGCUGGCCACCCUGUACCACUGUCUGGGUCAGUUUGAACUGGCUGAACACUACUACCUGAAGACCCUCUCCCUCUGCCCCACGCCCCUGGAGUUUGAUGAGGAAACCCUGUACUACGUUCGAGUCUAUCAGACGCUAGGGGACAUCAUCUUCUAUGACCUGAAGGACCCCUACGAUGCCGCGGGGUACUACCACCUGGCGCUGGCAGCAGCCAUGGACCUCGGCAACAAGAAGUCCCAGCUUCAGCUCUGCACGCGAUUGGCUACGAUCUACCACAACUUUCUGGUUGACCGGGAGCUCUCACUCUUCUUCUACCAGAAAGCGCGAGCGUUCGCCUCAGACCUCAAUGUACGCCGCAUCAACCUCUCGCCCGACCAGAACUUCAGUAGUAUGUCACAGUACAAGUCGAAUAGGGUUAGCACUCAGGAACCAACAACAAAGUAACCACCAUCUUGGUUUGAAGUUUGGCAGAAGAAUGGAGAGUUUAAGGUAUCAGAGGAAAUUGUGCCAAGUGGAUGUCGUAUGUUGGGUUUGAAGAAGUGUACAUAUGUAAUUUUGAGAUUUUUAAACCUUUGAGAUGUGUUGAUGUGAUUUUGCCAAUUAGGGUUCUGUGCCAUACUGAACAAUUUCACUUAUAGAAUCAUACAGCAAUAUCUACAAUGGUCUUCAGUUGAUGACCUGAAAUUAGAUGAAGUCAUGGUAAAAGGAAUGAAUCAUGAAAGACAUACAGUACCAGUCAAAAGUUUGGACACCCCUACUCAUUCAAGGGUUUUUCUUUAUUUUGACUAUAUUAUACAUUGUGGAAUAAUAGUGAAGACAUCAGAACUAUGAAAUAACACACAUGGAAUUAUGUAGUAACCAAAAAAGUGUUAAACAAAUCAAAAUAUAUUUUAGAUUCUUCAAAGUAGCCACCCUUUGCCUUGAUGACAGCUUUGCACACUCUCAACCAGCUUCACCUGGAAUGCUUUUUCUUGAAGGAGUUCCCACAUAUACUGAGCACUUGUUGUUUGCUUUUCCUUCACUCUGCGGUCCAACUCAUCCCAAACCAUCUCAAUUAGGUUGAGGUCGGGUGAUUGUGGUGGCCAGGUCAUCUGAUGCAGCACUCCAUCACUCUCCUUGGUCAAAUAGCCCUUAUACAGCCUGGAGGUGUGUUUUGGGUCAUCGUCCUGUUGAAAAACAAAUGAUAGUUCCGCUAAGCGCAAACCAGAUGGGAUGGCGUAUCGCCACAGAAUGCUGUGGUAGCCAUGAUGGUUAAUUGUGCCUUGAAUUCUAAAUACACCGACAGUGUCACCAGCAAAACACCUCCACACCAUCACACCUUCUCCCCCAUGCUUCACGGUGGGAACCACACAUGCGGAGAUCAUCCGUUCACCUACUCUGUGUCUCACAAAGACACGGCGGUUCGAACCAAAAAUCUCCGAUUUGGACUCAUCAGACCAAAGGACAGAUUUCUACCGGUCUAAUGUCCAUUGCUCGUGUUUCUUGGCCCAAGCAAGUAUUCUUCUUCUUGGUGUGUUCUUUAGUAGUGGUUUAUUUUGCAGCAAUUCGACCAUGAAGGCCUGAUUCACGCAGUCUACUCUGUACAGUUGAUGUUGAGAACUCAGUGAAGCAUUUAUUUGGGCUGCAAUUUCUGAGGCUGAUAACUCUAAUGAACUUAUCCUCUGCAGCAGAGGUAACUCUAAGUUUUCCUUUCCUGUGGUGGUCCUCAUGGGAGCCAGUUUCAUUAUAGCGCUUGAUGGUUUUUGUGACUGCACUUGAAUAAACUUUAAAAGUUCUUGAAAUGUUCCAUAUUGACUGACCUUCAUGUCUUAAAGUAAUGAUGGACUGUCAUAAUAUGGACUUGGUCUUUUACCAAAUAUGGCUAUCUUCUGUAUACCACCUCUACCUUGUCACAGCACAACUGAUUGUCUCAAACACAUUAAGAAGGAAAGAAAUUCCACAAAUUAACUUUUUACAAGGCACACCUGUUAAUUGAAAUGCAUUCCAGGUGACUACCUCGUGAAGCUGGUUGAGGGAAUGCCAAUAGUGUGCAAAGCUGUCAUCAAGGCAGAGGCUGGCUACUGAUUUGUUUAACACUUUUUUGGUUACUACAUGAUUCCAUAUGUGUUAUUUCAUAGUUUUGAUGUCUUCACUAGUAUUCUGUAAUGUAGAAAAU